AUGGACGUGAACGAUGUGGCGCUGCGGCGCUGCAGGGAGAUUCUCCUCGAGGAGGGACCCUGCGGGGACGAUGCCCCGGCUGCUGCUCCGCCCGAGAACCCGCGAGAGGAGGACAAAGUUUUGACUGGCACGGGGCUACUACGCGGCGGCCUCGCGGAGGAGAAUAUUCUGCGGGCGGAAACUCUCCGCAUGAUGGGCGGCGAGUUCGACGAUUAUGCGGCGGAGUACGUUGCCUCCACGGUGCUCCCAAAGACUCGCAUGCUGCGUGUGGUGGAUCUUGCCGACACCCGAAUUACCCCCGUCGGUCUUCGCACGCUUCUACGCGCCCUGGAGCAAAGCCCCACCGAGGUCCUGGAGCAGCUGUCCUUCCGUGACAUGCACCUUCACGCCGAGGCGUGCGACCUCGUUUGCAGGGUGAUGUUGAAGCACACCGCACGGCUGAGGCGGUUGGAGCUGGAGCGCUGCCACGUGGACGAGACCGCGGCACAGGCGGUGGCGGAAGGCAUCGCUAAGGCAGGCGCUUUGGUCGAGGCGAGACUCGCGGGCAACGACUUCAUUCCCGCCUUUGCGAUUCCGCUCGAGGAGCCUCGCUGGCUCUUCUUUCCCCCCUCACUCAAGUUGCUUGACCUCAGCGGCAACCGCAUCCAGACCGUGCAUCAACGCGGCCUCUACGUUAGCCUGAGUCGCUGCGCCGCCUCACUGGAGGAGCUUUACCUGUCGCGAUGUUGCGUGACGGAGUCGGCGCUAACCGGGAUUCUGCGCGUGGGAAUCCACUCCUCACAUUCUCUUCGUGUUUUGAACGUCUCCUCUGGUCGCCUGUUACACACGGCCGGUAAAGUUUUGUGUAGCUUUCUCACCGAGUGCUCAAACCUGGAGAGGUUGUACGCACGAGACAACCUCAUUGAGGCGGAUGGCGCCGCACACAUGGCCCUAGGCAUCCCGUGUGCCAAGCGCCUGACGGUGUUGGGGUUGGGGAGCUGCCAUCUAUCUGGCGUGGGCGCGCGAGUUAUUGCAGAGGCGGUAAACCACAGUCCAUCUCUGCGUGAGCUGGAUUUAUCCAAUAACUCAGUGACAGAUGCGGACGUAGUUGAUAUCUGUGCGCAUGGGGGUGACGGUAGUCUGCAGUUGAGCUUCCUCGACUUGUCGGAUAAUCCCCUGUCGGAGCGGUGCAGGCCAGCCCUUGAAGCCAUGAUGGGAAGGAAUAACGUUGGUACUUGCACCGUGCUGGUUCGCGGUACGACUCUUGGCUCUGAAUUCUCUUAUCUGCAAUGCGGCGGUUCACAGGACAGGCUUUGA